AUGCGUAAUCCGAGUAAACCGGAAAGAAACUCUGCAAAGCGAGCAUCGGGGCAUGAGUUGAUUACGCUUGCGGCCACGCCCGAAGCCUCGGAACGCGUGUGGCUACGUCCGGAGCCUCGCGAGACGGGCUUCCUACGUCAUCGCCAACACAAAGUUUCGCGGGUGAUUCGAAAUAAAAUGGCUCACCGAGGCGACAAUGAGCUGACAGUGGAUAAGAAAGCAGUGGAAGAGGCAUUGAUCAACAUGAUAAUAGUAGAUUGCCAGCCCUUCAGUUUUGUGGAGGACACAGGGUUCAGGAAGCUUAUCCAAGCUUUUGACCCUACAUAUGUUCUCCCCACCAGGCAGACUUUGAAAGCCAUGGUGGAGGAGAGGUACCAGCAGGCAAAGGAGAAGGCCCAAGAACUUGUGGCAAAGUCCUCUGCAGUGAGCAUAACCGCAGAUAUGUGGACCAGCAUCAACACGGAUGCAUAUCUGGCAGUCACUGGUCAUUUCAUUGAUGAGCACACCUCUCUGCACUCAGCUGUGUUAGGUGUGCUCCAUUUCCCUGACCGCCAUACAGCUGAGAACAUGGCUGCCGUUAAAUCGGCACUCAUGGCACAAUGGGGCAUUUCCACCAAAGUCACUUGCCUUGUGACAGAUGGUGCAGCCAACAUGGCUGCAUGUGCCAAAGACCUUCAUCUGCGCCACACAAUUUGUGUGGCACACACAUUAAAUCUGAUAGUGAAGAAGGCUCUGGCGGAAAACACUGAGCUGUCUGAGAUCUGUCUUCAGUGUAGGAGGAUAGUUGGCUACUUCAAAAGCAGUACCACUGCAAAGACAAGGCUGACUCAGGUGCAGGAGCAAAUGAAGCCUACAGAGCAUGUGCUGAAGCUCAUUCAAGAGGUGGAGACACGCUGGAACAGCACCUUCCACAUGCUGCAACGCAUGUACUACCUCAAGGAAGCCGUAGGAGCAGCCUUAGCAGGCCUACACACUGACAUUACCCCACUCACGUCCCACCAGUUGAGGCUCAUUUCUGAGAGUCUGCAGGUGCUGUCCCCAUUUAAUGAUGCCACCGUAGAGCUCUCAGAGGAGAAGAGAGUGUCUGGGUCCAAGGUCAUUCCACUUUUGGCCAUGCUGCACCACACCUUGGAGGAUGACAUGGGAGCCAUACAAAUGGAGGAGAGCAAAGCAAUGGCUGAGGGUCUUAAAAAACAACUGAGGGACAAGCUCUACAACCUCCAAGCCAUGAGCGUCAUGUCACUGGCAACACUGCUGGAUCCCAGGUUCAAGAAGAUAGGGUUCUUUAGCCCCAAUAAAGCACAAGAGGCUGAGAGGAGGCUCACAGCUGAAUGUGCGGCAGUGAUCCGGCACAGGGCAUCUUCCUCCUUCUCCUCCUCAAACCCAUCUUCAUCAACACAACCGGACACAUCAGAAGGUUCCCAGCCUGUGGAGCAAGGUGACAAACUGUGGCGGCGAUUAGACCACACAGUCAUGCAGAGGAGGACCCAGAGCAGGACCCAGAGUGAGAGCGCAGAUGCAACUGUGGAGGUGCACACUUACCUGGGGGAGCCCAACACUAGCAGGAAGUCAAAUCCCCUGGACUACUGGGAGCAGCAUAAACAUAUCUACCCAAACCUCUACAAACUGGCAAUAACCCUUCUAUGUACCCCGGCCUCAUCCGUCCCAUGUGAAAGAGUAUUUUCAAAAGCAGGAGAAAUCCUAUCAAAAAAAAGGAACCGUCUAAAGCCCAAAACUUUGGAAAUGCUAAUUUUCCUAAAUAAAAAUGAAUGA